UUUUUAUUUUAGCUCCGUGACCUUGAGCAAGCCGUCUUUGUGACUCAGUUUCCCCAGUUCUCAAAUGGGUAUAACGUAGUGCUUAGCGGUUUGGGAUGUUGUAAGGACUAAAUGAACUCCUUCACAUAAACCCUUAGCGCUGGGCCUGAAACUUGCCAAGAGCUCAGGAGACCUUAGCCCCUCUCGUCGGGGCGGUGGAUGGUGGUCGGCGCCCUGGGCAGGCGAGGGCUCCCUGCACUUUCCCCUCAUUUACAUGGCCCUCGUCGAAGAGCUCUUUGUGUGGACGGUGAAGCCCCUCGCACCCAGCCUCUUCAGGAGCGUGUCAGUGCCCCGGAGCACACGCCAGUUGCACUCGUAACCGCACACUUGUUACUCGCGCACAAGCGUCGGGGCUCCCGGGCGCGGGGAGGUGGGAGCGCGGGGCGUCCUGCGGGGAUCGGAAUCCAACGCCCGGGAGCGGGCUGCUCUCCUCUGUCCGCGCCGAAGGACUCCGGCCCCGCGUUCUUUAUCCACGCAGUCCGCUUCCCCGGUCUCGCUGACACUCACUACCGCGAUCCUCCGGCCCCUCCGGCUCUCCGCUUUCCACCAGCCGCCGGGGGAGCGUGGUGCCCCAGGAAGGUGUUUCCCUGCGCGCUGUCCUGUGACCCCCAACCCAGAAUCUCCGGGGGCUCAGGCUGUCCUGGGCCGGAACGGAGUCACAAGUUCCAGGCGACCUGCCUCUCAGAGAAAGGGGGACCAGUGUGGAGCAGCCCGGUAUGGGGAACGGGGUGGGAAGGGGUUUCUCUUCCUUCUUUCUUUGAACUCCAGGCCCAGAGGGCUGAAAGGGGGGAGGGCACAGUGAAGAAGGACCAGAGUCCCCAGCGCCUCUGUGGAGCCCGGGGCAAUUUGCUCUCCGCUGAAUUCUUUCUCCCGGUGAGCGAGUCCGCCUAUGCGCACAGCCUGCACUGUGGUCCCACACCGCCUCCCGGUGGCCAGAGAGGAUACUGCAGCAGGAGUCGGUAUUGGGUGCAGAACAGCCCCAGGGACCGCAGAGGGCGCCGCAGCAGGCUGACUGCGGGUUUACGAGGGGCCAGGUGCCACGCAAGGCGCUUCACUUACUGGUUAACCAUCAAGAAACCCCCGCCUUGGAUCCAGAGGGGAGCUAGGUCCCCAGAGGAGCUCAGAAAGAAGGCAGACAACUGGAAGGAGGAAGUGGACGACUGGGGUUUCUGA